AUCUCCAUAUGCAAAGUUACUAAAAUACCAUUGUCUCAUACCCGAAUUUACGAAAAUACCAUUCUUCUCUCUCAUCUCUGAUCAUCGAAUUUGGGUGAAGAAAUAUCUUUUCUAUCUAAUUGCUAAAAGGAAAAGCAUCAAACUUUGUUUUCUUUGCUUCUUCUAUCUUCUUCUUCUUUCUUCUUCUCGCUUUAAUACUCUUUGAUUCCUCUGUUCGUUUGAUGAGAAUUAGAUUUUAAAUGGCAAAAGUUUCGUUUAAGGAUUCUCUGAAAGCUCUUGAAGCUGAUAUUCAACACGCUAACACUGUGUCUUGUCCAACGAAUUGGGUGAUGAAGUCAUUUUUAGGUAGUCUUGUCCUAGUUUGAGUGUUGACUCUUGAAGCUGAACAAAGUCUUUGGCUUGAUGAUCUCAGAGGAAACUGUGUUUGUCUGAAAUGAUCAAAUAUUUGAAAGCUAAAACCUUUAUUUGAUUUGAUUUCUGAUGGUAAUCUAGUUGAGUUAGGAAGUUCUAUGUCUAAAAGGUGAAUGUUUUGGUGAGUUUCUUAAUCAAUUUAGACAUAUGAGGAUGCUUGAUUAAAUCAAACUUUGAUCUUUGAAGCUGAAAAUGUGUUUCUGCAAUGAUCAAGAGGUGUACUUGUGAUGCUAUCUUUAAGUUCCUCACUUCCAUGCAUCUCAAUGGUGCAUUGAUCAAUUGCUUCUGUUGUUUAUAAUCUCUGUGAUUCGUUCAAUACAUUGAAUGAUGAAUUUUGUUAUGUUUGUGUUUUUUCAUCAAGUGAUGUUGUUAUGGUGCUUAUGAACAUUGUCACUUGUUUCUCCUCUGUGAAUUAACAGAGCUUUAGAUUAUCCUCGGGAGAAGGAUGGAGCGCGUGUUCAAAUGAGGCUAUCGUACACUCCAGCUGCUCAGUUUUUACUUUUUCUUGUACAAUGGACUGAUUGCCAUCUUGCUGGUACACUCGGUCUGCUCAGAGUUCUGAUUUACAUGACCUAUGCGGAUGGGAAAACCACAAUGUCGGUUUAUGAGAGAAAAACAAGUAUUAAAGAUUUCUAUGCUGUGAUAUUUCCGUCGUUGUUACAACUAGAAAGAGGUAUCACAGACCUGGAUGAUCGUAAACAGAAAGAAGUCUGCAAAAUACGGUACAGAAAUAAAGAUGAGACUGAAAAGGUCAAGCUCUCGGAGAUUGACAUCGAGAGAGAAGAAGAAUGCGGGAUUUGUAUGGAGAUGAACAACAUGGUGGUUCUCCCUAAUUGUACGCAUUCUUUAUGCAUCAAGUGUUACCGCGAUUGGCACGGGAGGUCAGAAUCAUGCCCUUUUUGCCGAGACAGUCUUAAGAGAGUAAACUCAGGGGACUUAUGGAUGUUAAUGGAGAAAUCCGAUACGGUUAAUAUGUAUACAAUUGAGCGGGAGAAUAAGAAGAGGUUGUUUGUGUAUAUAGAGAAGCUACCUCUAGUGGUUCCAGAUCAAGUGUUUGCUUCUUCUCCUUAUGAUUGCCAUGUCAAGUAAAUAAGACGGAGAAGAGCUUUGGCAAAAGCCGAAACCGGGUCUGGUAAACUUUUAUCUGAAUGUAUAUGUAUAUAAUGUUUUAGAGUAGUAGUAAGUAAUAUAGUGUAACUAUUUCUUGGGGAAGUCCAUUUCUACUUGCUUUUCUUUUUAUCUGCAUUUGGCUUUUGGUUCCCAAAAACUCUUAUUUCUGUUGUACAUUCAUGUCUGAAUUUAAUAACCUCUUCUUCAAGAAAUGGCUUUCACUCAC